AUGCGUUGUUUAGUAUUUAUCGCUUUAAGCUUGAUAGCUUUAACAUCAGCUGCUCCUCAAUUCGGCUAUGGAUACGAAGCCCAACAAACAGCUCCUCUCAGUGGAGGUCAUCAUGGAGGUGAUAAAUAUUUGCCCCCAGCCACUACGACUCCAUCCCCACUAGUACGCAAACAGUUUUAUUUAGUUUCGGCUCCUGAAGAUGAUGACAGCCAACCAAAAAAUAAGCAUUUGGUUUUAGGCCGUCCACAAAAGAACUAUCGUGUAGUCUUCAUUAAGGCCCCCAACUCUGGCGCUGGAAAUGUCAAAUAUUCUGCCGAAUAUGCUCCUCAAGAAGAAAAGACUGUCAUCUAUGUAUUGAGUAAGAAAGACAACGACUUGGAUGCUAGCGACAUUGCCACACCUGCUCCUUCUCAACCCAGCAAACCUGAGGUAUUCUUCAUUAAAUACAAAACUCCCGAAGAAGCUGAAGCAGCUCAAAAGGAAAUUCAAAAUGAAUAUGCCAAAUUGGAAGGUACCAAUGAAUUCUCUGACGAAGGCGUUGCUCCCCUUACCUCUGUUGUUGGUGCUCUCGAUGGUCUUACUCCUGAAGGAUCAUACAACUAUCAACAAAUUGCACCUGCACCAAAUUCUCAAGAAAAAUCUGCCAUCAGCCAAUAUUUACCCCCUAUUACCAAAUAG